ACAUUUCGAUUUCACAGGGAUUCUUAAGUCUGCAAGCAUGGAGUCAUUUCAUGAAGCUGGCCAUCAUUCUGGGAACUUUGAUGACAUAAAAACAUUGAUAGAAUCUAAGCAUGUAGAUUUGAAGAGUGAGCUAGCGAAGGGACAAGGGUUGCAAGAGAAAAUCCAGGACAUGACUGCUCAGAUGGAUGACCUGAACACAACAAUAACGUCGGAGAUUCGGCCGGCGCUCUCCGACUCUACUGAGCAGCUGCAGAGGGCCACCGCGGAGCUGGCCGAGACCACCGAGCUGCUGCAGCUGGUGGAGCAGCUGCUGCAGCUGGGCCGGCAGCUGGCCGCCAGCCGCCGGCUGCAGCAGGCCGGCCGGCUGGCGGAGGCAGCCGACUGUGUCUCGGAGCUCCGGCAGCAGACGCAGCGGCUGGAGGAGCGCACCGGACACCAGGUGUCUCUGCUCUCGGACCUCCGGGACCAGGCGCUGGUCCAGGAGGAGGCCGUGCUGCACGCGCUCGUGUGCCGCUGGCGGGCGGCGUUCAGCUGGGACGACUCGGACGCGGCGCUGACGGUGCGGCCGGCCGGUCUGGAGGACACGGCCGCCGGGCUGCGCCGGCUGGGCCGACUCGGGCGCCACCUGGAGCGGCUGUCUGAGGCCGUGCUGGGCCGGCUGGCCGCGCCGCUGGUGGCCGGCGGCCGGCUGCAGCGGCUCCGGGACGCCGACUCGCUCACCCUGUCCGUGUCGGCUGCGGAGCCGGAGCCGGAGCCGGAGCGGCAGCCGGAGCCGGGGGCCGUGUACGCCGCGCUCACCGAGCUGGUGACGGCGCUGGCCGAGGCGGCGCUGGCUGGCCCACUGCUGGCCGAGUUCGGCGCGCUGGCCGGACCGGCGCUGGCCCAGCAGCUGGUCGACGGCCCGCUGGCGGCGGCCAUACCGUCCGGUCCGCAGCAGCGCGCCGCCUUCGACACGGUCAUCGAGAGCACGGAGCGGUUCAGCGCCGCGCUGGCCGAGCUCGGGUUCUGGGAUCGCUCCGACUCGCUGCUGGCCUAUGUGUCCGACGUGGACCGUCUGAUGGUGGACCGGGUGUGCGCCGACCGUCUGGCGGCCGGCCGCCGGCUGCUGGCCGCGCCCCUGCACGUCACCGUACCGGUGGGCGGCGGGCCGCCGGCCGCGGACGGGCCCGAGCCGCCCGACGGAGCGCUCACCGACAGUCUGUACCGCCUGCCGCGCUGCCGCGUCAGUGAGUCGGCGGUGCAGUACGCCGAGCUGGUGGAAGCCACGGUGUCUGAGGCGGCCGGCGGCGCGCCGCUGCUCUCGGCCCGGCUGCACUACACGACCGGCCGGCUGCUGGAGCUCUACUGCGCCCUGCUGCCCGAGGUGCACCGCCACCAUUUGGCCAGCGUGCCGGAGCAGGCGGCCAUCGCGCACAACAACCUGCAGCUGCUGGCGCACCGCGUCACCGCGCUGGCCGUCCGCCACAGGUGUGCGGACGGCACGUUCCUGGACAUGGUGCCCGAGCUGCGACGCACCGGGUCCGACAUCUUCCUGGCGGCCCUGACGCACCAGAAGGAGCAACUGCUCGACAUUCUCUCGGAGGCAGGUCUGGAGAACCUGGCGCAGACGGGCGACCUGUCGGCCACGGCCGGCGCCGCGCUGCGCCGCUGCGGCCACCAGCUGCGCCGCGUCUGCCGCGUCUGGCGACCCGUGCUGCCGGCGGGCGUGCACGCGCGCGCUGCCGGCCUCCUCCUGUCCGUGGUCACCGGGUGGAUCACGGAGCGCGUGCUGGCCCAGCAGGACAUCUCGGCCAGCGCGGCCAGCCAGCUGACGGCCGCCGCCGCACCGCUGGUCGACGACGCACUGGCGCUCUUCAGGCCGGACACAGAGGGGGAGGAGGACCCAGCAGAGGGCAGCGCGCCGGCCGUCUCGGAGAGCGAGGCGCGCGCGCUGCUGUCGCGCCACACGGGGGGCUGGGGCCGCUUCACCGAGCUGCUGCUCGUCCUGGAGGAGACCAUGCGCGGGAUCCUGGACCGGUGGUCGGACGGCAAGGGCCCGCUGGCCCAGCACUUCAGCGCCGAGCAGGCGCGCCACCUGGUGCGCGCGCUCUUCCAGAACAACGAACGGCGCGCCGCGACUCUGGCCAGGAUCAAAUGAGCGCGCCCGGCGGGUGCGGGCGGCACCGGCCGGGUGAACCGAAACCUGUACCGCGUCUGUGUGUGAGUGAACACAGUGCCUUCGGGGAGCUGGAACGGAAACUGUCUGAAAUCGGAGACAGACUGGGCUGUGGGCGGCCGGUAUAUCGCGAUAUAACUAUAUAAUUUCUAACUAUGUUUUGGUGUUUAUCCUGGAGUUGUUAUAUGAUCUUUGUUUUGAAUAUAACUACAAUUGUAAUGUGACA